AUGAGGUGUGUGAAAGAGAGAAAUAAGAGAAAGAGGCCAAAAGAUGAAGAUGGAAUUUGUUCUCCCAAACUUCAAAGGUUGGUUACUCCCCUGAGAUUGCAAAGGAAGCAUGGAAGAAUAUCUGACAAGAAGAAGAGAAUCACAAAAUCUAAGGCCGAGGCAGUUAAGUAUCAGAACCUUUUUGCCACUAGGUUGAAGGAGCAUCGGGAGAGCCUAGUAAAGAAGAGAUCUAGACUUUCUUUUGCCUUGACGCCCUCAAUUGUGGCUUAA